AUGUUUGGCUGUCAGUGUGAUGGAUUUAAGGUGCGCUCUUGGCUUACUCUGGUGUCUGGCCUCAUAGAGUGUUUAUGUUUUGCCGGUGCCGUGUUUGGCUGGGCGUCUCUGGUGUUUGUACUAAAAGCAGAUGGAUACUUCAGCGAACUGUGUGUUAACAGCACCUCAGCCAAUGGGACACAUGUUACAGAUUGCAGUAGACAGGAUGAGCAGCUAUCUCUUGUCUUCACCAUCGCCUCCUUUAUGAACAACUUCCUUACUUUGCCCAACGGUUUCCUGUUUGACCGUUUUGGCACAACAGUAACCAGACUACUGGGAAUAUCUCUUUACACUGGUGGCACAUUGCUGAUUGCCUUUUCAAAUGCUGCUGUGUCAGUUCUACUUUUCCCUGCUUUGUCCUUCAUAGCUGUGGGUGGAAUUCUGUUCCUGGUCACCAACAUGCAGGUGGGAAAUCUUUUUGGUACCCAUCGUUCCACUAUCAUCACUCUUUAUAAUGGAGCCUUUGACUCUUCUUCAGCCAUUUUCCUCAUCAUCAAGUUGCUGUUUGAGAGUGGAAUUUCUCUUUUUGCAUCUCUCCUGUUCCUGUCGUGCUGUAGUGUGAUUCAUCUCCUCAGAACAUUCCUGUUAAUGCCUCGUACACGAAUCCCCUACCCACUCCCCCAGGGUUACACCUAUGGGCUGAGAUGUGGGCAGGGUCAAACCUAUGAUCUUCAAGACAGAGAAAGCGGUAAUCAGGGGAACAUCCAGGGUGAUGCGGUUACUGAAGUAACACCUUGUAAGGAGGAUGACUCUAUGCUACAAUCUCAACGUACGGACCAGACAGAGCGGAGUUUCAAAAGUUGUUUCCUAUCCUGGUUUUUCCUGUGGCAUCUGACAUGGCUGUCUGUGAUGCAGCUGAGACACUACCUGUUCAUCGGCACACUCAACCCCAUGUUAACACGUCUAGCCGCCGGAGACCCAAGCCUGGUGAGCACAUACACAAAUGCAUUUGCUAUCACGCAGCUUUGUGGGGUCCUUUGUGCUCCAUGGAACGGCCUGAUCAUGGACCGUCACAAGGGCAAACCGCGUGCAGGAGGAAUGAGUGAGCGAGAGGCAGACCUGAAAGCAGCGGUGUUGUCACUGUUCCUGACAGCGCUGCAGUGUGUUUUGUUCUCAGUCUGUGCUGCCACUCCUCUCCUCCCUCUGCAGUACCUUACCUUCAUCCUUCAGGUCCUCAACAGGUCUUUCCUCUACGGAGGCAACGCAGCUUUCAUCAGCAUGGCGUUCCCCCCUGCUCACUUUGGGAAGCUGUACGGUUCGGUCAUGGCUCUGUCUGCGUUAGUGUCUCUUCUGCAGUACCCUUUCUUUGCUCUGAUCAAAGGACCACUGGAAGGAGAUCCUCUCUAUGUGAAUGUUGCUCUGACAUUGCUGAGUCUUCUGGCAUUCAUCCAUCCUGUCUAUGUUUACCUGCACUGCCGUCGUCAGGCUAACCAGAGGGCAAAAUCCAGCGCUCCUACCUCUUCAUAG